GGUUUGUCGUUCUAGUCGCUGCCGCUGGCAAGCAAUUUCGAUCCGGUUCGGUUUCUUGUGCUGCUUACUCGCGGUCUUGUUCAUGUUCUUUCGUUUGUUAAAGCGGUGUUGUAAUUAAAAUAUUAUUCCAUCCGUGAACAUCAUUAUAUUUUGAUGGCGUCGAUCGUUUUCUCGGAAAUUCCAUCGCGUCAGUCGGUUCCAGUGCGCGAUGGGUUGAAGCGAAAAUAUUCUAUGCUGAAAAGAAAAAUUGAGCUGGUGAUUGAUCAGUUAUGGGCAGCAAAAAAAUUGUUUCGAUGCGAUCGUGUUUGUCUUCACCAUGGUCGCUAGACGGAAAAUUGGCCGCUGUGAUUUAUAUCAUAAUUAUGAUUCGUUCACGAUCAAUAGGAAAUUAUUUAUUGGUAGUGGCAAAGUUUAAAGCAGAGUAAGUGAAAGUGAAAAUUAUCGAUGACUAAUAGUGAAAAGGAUGUCCGUUAAGGAGUGAAAAAGUGAGAGUCAUUUAUUAACUUUGAUCGAAUGUCCGGCACUGCUGGAUCUUACAGCUGGAUUACGUUUCUCUCAUUUAAAGAUCAUUGCAGAUUCCCGUUAGUCGUUCGGUAGACAACGGCAGCGGCUGAGAAGUGAUCGCAUAAACACGCCAAACAUUCAGCACUAAUUGGUCCCAACGGAGCAGCCAGGAGCAGCGCAUACACCCGACUAGAGUACGUGCUUGUGGCGGGCGUACCCAUGUAGGACCUUCUGCUGCAUUUUGGAAGCCGGUUCAUCGUGGGAAACAGCUGUAGCUAAAUGCCAAAAAUCUACAAGUGAAUUAAAACAGCGUCCCCGUCGGGGUGUAGUUUAACACGGUUUGACAGUACAUACAGUACUCUAACCUCCGCAGGCUCAACGAACUGCAUCGAGUGAACUCAACACGUUCCAGACCCCGAGCGAAACGUGUUGCAACCGAUUCCCCCCAACCUAUGUUCGGUGUAGGUGCCAAAUAGCGUGACACCUCGUAUUAGAGAGUAGGUAUCCCGGAAUAAACGAGCUGACUUCCCUGAACUGGUAACACCAAACCGACCAAAAUUGAGGCUGCCGACACACACACAGACAGAGGCACCCCACCUAUACGCAUUUUGUAAUUCCGGAAAUGAUCCUCAGUGGUGAUUUAGUAUUCCGCGUGCAUUUCGUCGUGGUUCUGCUUCAAAGCGUUUGUAUUACCACCGUUGCCUCGGCCGCCGCUACCGUAACAGUUUCGACAGCGACGAAAACUUCAUCAACAACUAAUACCACUACCACCGGCAAUGGAAUCAUAGGUGGCGCUGGUCCACCAUCCUACAACAGCAGCUGUGGCGAUAGUAUACCGGCCGUUCCCGACUCACCACGGGUGCCCGAUAGCAGAGCCUACUACGAUAAGUUACGGCCGGUGAUAGCGAUGCAAAAGUAUCACCUUUUUGGAGAACUCGGACAGACCUGCUCAGCAACGGAGGAUUGUCGCCAGUAUGCGUACGAGUGUGGUGACAGAAAGCAAAUCUGUGAAUGUGCCAAAGGAUAUCGGCCGGAUGAGGACAGAAGGACCUGCGUUGGAGCCAUCGGCAAACGCUGUCAGUACGACGCCCACUGCAUCACCAAUGCUUACUGCAAAGGACAAAUGAUCUGUACGUGCAAACGGGAAUACGAAUAUCACUCCGAGGAUAAGUGGUCAUGUCAAGCGUCAGCGGCAGACUCGAUGUUGCUGUUGCUACGAUUCCGCCGGCCAGUGCCACCGUUCCCGCCGCAUUUAGUUUCCCGAAAAUCGACUCCGACCAGUUGGCUGUCGACGAUGAUGACGACGACGACGAGGACGUUGCUGCCCCGGACCUGGUCCCUGCUGGUAGCUCUACUGGGCUCGGGAGGUGGAGCAAUCAUUAUUCCACUUGUUCUCGUUAGCAGCUGGCAGUUGAAGAUAAAUUUAUUUACAGUUUGAUUGGAUUAAAAAUAAGCAACGGCAGUCAGAAGCAGCAGCACCACCAGCAGAAGCAAUAGGAAUUGGUGCUCGAAUCGCUUCCGGAAAUUUGCCGUUUCGGAACCCGCUUCCCCUACCCGUAUUUGCUAGUUGCCGAUUCGACACCGUCGCUUAGACUCGAAAAAAAACGAAAAGCAAUUCUUCUUUGUACUGGUGGUGGUGCUGCUGCUGCUGCCAUUGCAGCAAUCAUACAUUACGUUUCGGUGAAAGCCGUUUUUUCCUACUCGUAGAUGCCGAAAAUGUUGGGCACUGGUGGAUUAUGAAGUAGUUUCAAAUUAGUGAUGUUAAUUAAAACUCUUGUGUCUCCUG